GGCUCAGAGCUUGUAAUUUGUUUAGUCCUUAAUGGAAUAUCGCACCUAUUGACGACAUAUAAUAUUGUUGCACGGUCAUGAGCGACCCAGAAACAGUAACCGCGGUAGCUGAGGGUGAAGCAGCGAAGGAAGAAACAGCAGAUGUAUCUGGCGCAGGCCAGGAAACACCAUCACCAUCUCAAAUGGAUAAUGGUCUCGACUCAAUAGCGGGCGUUGAUCCACAAAUACAGCGCGCCGAGGAGGGCUCCAACACAGUGCAUCCGUCGGAACAGCCCGACGUCAUAUCUUCUUAUACGGGACAGGAAGAAGCUGCACAAACUGCUGAGGUAGCAACAGACGCUGGCGGAGUCGAGAGCGGUGAGGCGGAACAAGCCUCUCAAUCCACGGGUACUUCAGAGGCCCAGCAACAGGAUGAGCCUUCAGCGGCUCCCGGGGACGCAGGAGGGGUUGCGCCCCAAGGAGCUGAAGGGGUAGCCGCUGAGGGCACCUCCACGGCAGCUGCCGACAGCACUCCUAGUGACCCCGUGCCCAGCGGCUCCGCAGACGCCGGGUUGCCAAACUCUGACGCAUCGCAGGCUGAAGCCUCAUCCCAGCCGGAGCCCAGCUCCCUAGCUGAACCCAGCAUGCAGCAAGCCCCGGAAGCAUCUGAAUCCACGGCUCAGCCUGAACCUACGCCCCAGCCGGACCCUGAGGCCGAGCGCCCAGCAGUUGCCGACGGGGAGCAGCCCGCGGCCUCGACCUCCCGCCCAGCGUCAGGCGGAAGGCCCCCCUCGGCACGGCCCGGUUCUGCCCGGCCUGUUUCCUCGAGCCGGCGCGCCUCACCCCAGCCCGAUGGCAGCCGACCCACAUCAGCCGCGCGACUCAACAUCACCCCCGACAGCGUUGGCAUGGCUCCGGUGCCGGCCGUCGUGCCCGUACGGCUGGGCGGAUCGCCCAUUCCUGGCGCGAAGCCCCCUACCGGUGAUGGCGGCGCCCCAGCUGCUGCAAUGGCACCAGUAGCGGCACCGGCCGGGCCAGCAGUGCAAUUCCCACCGCCUCUGCCGCAACCGUUGCCGCCUCCAGCGCCCGUGGAGCGCUACAUCGCGCCUGGUCUGCGGGCUAUCGAGGUGGAGGUGGAGCAGGGCCCCGGCAUGCCGCACCGCCUGGUUCGCGUGCUCAUGGACCUGACGCAGUGCGACCACAAGGCGUACCUGGGUGGCUUCAGGAACAAGCGCACAGGCGCGGUCUACCACCAUGCAGCAACGCAGACCCCGCGCGCCCCCAAGUACAGCGAGGCAGACCGCAAGCUCAGCCGCGAAACACAGACCGUGAAGGUCAAGCAGCACAGCCAGCAAACGGUCCGCGAGCAGGCGACCCAGAUGGAGCGCCCUGGGGUGCUGAUGGACGAAACGUACGACAAGGAGGUGACGCCGGGGCGUUACCAGACUGCGGACGAGCGGGAGGCUAUUGUGAUUGCAGCUACGCGGUGUAUCCAGCGCUGGCUGCGGGGUUGGCUGGGUCGCCGCCGCGCCGCGUACCUGCGGCGGAAGAAGGCAGAGCGCGAGGCGUUCCUGCGGGAGCAGGAGCUGGCGGCGCAGACGGAGGCAGAGGAGCACCGGCGGCGGGAGAUUCAGCGUCGCAUGCACCCUCGUACGGCAGCGGAUUUCGAGGUGCUGUACAAUGAGCUGGAGGCUUGGCGGCUGCAGGAGACGCGCAAGAUCAAGGAGGCCGGGCUGCCCAAGGAUCAGGAGCAGCAGGUGCUGCAGCAGCUGCUGCACAAGGAAACCAAGCUGCUGCAGACCAUCGACCGGCUCAAGAUCAACGCCAACCAGGAGAACAAGGAGGCGCGCAUCCAGCACACACUGAACGAGAUGUCGCGGCCCAAGAAGUUCACGCUGCGCAACGGCGGCAAGGUGGACGUGCACACGCCAUUCACCACACGCGCAAAGGAGCUGCAGCAGCUGUACAACGGUCUCAACCUGCCGCUGCUGACGGUGGACGAGCGGCUAGAUGUGCUGCUGCACGUCAAGUGGACGGUCAAGGAGUUUGACUGCGACCUGACGCGCGAGGUGGUGGACCUGAUUGAUCGCGAGGCCGACAUGCUCAACCGAGGCCGCAACCCCAAGAUGCUGGAGGGACUGCGCAAGCGCAUCUCCUCGCUCUUCCUCAACUUCAUCGAGACGCCGGAGUUCAACCCUGAAGCCUCGCGCUUCCAAAUCGUGCCCAUGGACUUUGAGACGUACUUGUACGAGCAGGUUGGCAAGGCGACGGCCAAGGCGGGGACGUCGCUGGGCCGCUCGCCGACCAUGGUGGUGUGAGGAGGUGGAGGAGAGGCGCGGUUGCAGGGGUGGGGAGCGAAGGCGAAUCGUCUAGGAAGGGGAGGAGCAGCACAGCGGUGGUUUGGCGGCAUGUAGGUUGGGGUCGAAGGCUAGGUAUGCGUGGAGUGUUGGCGGUGGAGUUGCAUGGGCAUUCUUGAUAUGAUAGGUUUGAUAUGGAAUGGGCGGAUUGCAUGCAUGGAGCAUUUACGUUCUUGGCCUUCUAUCGCGCGACCCUACUUGAGGUUUGUGAUUGACUGUGCAUUGUUUGGAUACCUGCGUUACUUAAUGCGGGCGUAGGAUGUGGUGCUGUGAAGUUACCACAUCGCGGACGUAUGACUACGCACUACGGUGAUCAGCGUGUUAUUAGGUGACACUGCAGGGUGAGGCGAGGCUUUAGACCCGACCGCUGCAGUCUUGCUUAAACUGAUAUCACCAAAUAACGCACCGCAUGCGCU